AUUGUUUUCCAUGUGUGUCCUAUGUUGAGUUUACAAAAUUGAGUUGGUGAUAAACAAGAAUAGGGCUGUAACGAUUCAAGUUAUUCGAGUACCUUGAUUAUUAAAAUUCCUUAAGGAAAAUGUAUCUGCCUUGAAGCUUCACUAAGUCAUACGUUAUUUAGCGCUCCGUGUUCCAGCCGGGUUAUUAUUUGCGUUGCACAGAGCUCUCACUUCUGCCCGAGUUGUUGAUGAAAGCGAAGUGUUAGCAGCAUAACGUCCAGUUUUCAAGUUCGGCCUGGGAGGAUUUUAUUGAUUGAUGAUAAUGUUCGGGUCUUUGACGUUUUUUUGGGGGGCUGUUGGAAUAUUGGCUUAGUUAUCCUAGUUUUAAUGCUAGUGUUGACUUUGACCGCAUGUUUAAAUAUUAGACAAAAUCAACAUUGUUUUGAGCAGGCCUACAUUUAGGUUAAAUUUAGAUUCAUGGUUCAAUCAACAUAAUCUGAACAGUAGAAUAUUUUUCUUAAACAUGAUAGCAUGAAUUCAUUAAAAGUAAUCUAAUCUGUAGUUUUCUAUAUUAAAUAACAGCCCUGGUUAGAAUGCAAGUCAUACAUUAAUUUGAAUAUGUGUUGGCUCAUUAUAAUUCAAGAAGUACAAGAUUAAUUAUAGACUUUGUCUCUUAGUGUGAGCAGUUGUUUGAUGCACCAAUAGCCGUUUAAAGAUAAGCCACCAGCCAGUCAUAGACAGUAAGUAACUGGUCCCAGUCAGUGGCGCAACUACACAUUAUUCAGGUGGUUGCGAAAACAUAGAUCGGAUACGGAUACGUGUCGGAUAUGGGUCACAUUCGAAAAAGAAUCUUACCUAUGUUUUUUACACCGACAUAAGAUUGGAUACAUGUCUCAAUACGUUAAAAAAAAAUCGGAAUUGGGUCACUUCAGGCUAAGUGUACAAUCCGGUGCUGAUAGUCUCUCAAUAAGCCACAGGAUGGCCGGCAACCAGCAACUCGGCCGGCAACUCUGAACAAAGCACAGGGCUCAUUGAUAUAGGGGUACUAUAGGAAAAGUUCUUAUUUGGUGAAGUGAAGAAACUGAAACAUGUUGCGGGAUGUAGGAGAUACGAAUCAGAGGACGAUAUUAACUUUGGAUUUGUGGAAAACUGGAAUACAGAUAUUGUAUUUGUUUUAUUUAUAUAAAGUGGAAGAAAAGAUUUUACGUUUUUCAAAGAGAAGAGGCACUGAGAAAUCUUUAGAUGUGAUGAUCGUAUGAUCCACAAGGUGGCGGUAAUGCAAUGACAUGAAUGCCGACGGUCAUAAAAUCCCAAAGAAGAAGAAGAGGAAGAGUAGUAGGAGGAGGAAGAAGAAAAGGAAAAAAGACGGCACGCGGUCUGUUGUGUUGAAUGUUUGAGUGUUACUCUACAAAAAUAUCUUCAGUCCAGCUUAAACGAGUUUAUCAACGAGCGGUUAACUGCUGCUGAAACAUUCAGAGUUUAAAGAAAUAACCGUCAAGUCGGAGGAAGAGAUGGAUGAUCAGCGCAGACUGCUGGAUUUCUCCCGGACUCCCCAGAUAAUCUUACAUCGAAUAGAUUUCCUGCAACAUAAUAUUUAUAAGGAGAAGUUAUGCAAGCAGGAGAGGAGAUCCACUCUGGACCAGGAGGGGUUAAAACCUCUGCAGGUGAAACAAGAACAGCAAGAACCAGAAGAUCAAAAGAUAAAAGAAGAGCAGGAGGAUCUAGAACAUCAGCAGAUAAAAGUGGAAGAGAAAGAAGUUUACUGCAGUCAGGGUGAAAAACAUGUUGAGCUGAAACAGGAGACUGAUACCUGCAUGGUGGUUCCUGUUGAUGAACAAACAUCCCACACUGAAUCAGAACCAAACAGGAACCAAGUCAUCUUCCAGGAAGCUGYUGAAGCUGAGAACCAAAAUCAGGAAAGAAGAAAACCUUUCUCAUGUGUCAUCUGUGAAAAGCAUUUCACUUACAAAUCUGUUUUUGAUGUUCACAUGAGAACUCAUACGGGUGAAAAGCCGUUUUUAUGUGUGACUUGUGGAAAAAGGUUUUGUCAAAAACCGAAUUUAACUGAACACAUGAUGAUUCACACUGGUGAAAAGCCGUUUUUAUGUGUGACCUGUGGAAAAAGUUUUAGUCGAAAACAAAUUUUAACUGAACACAUGAUGAUUCACACUGGUGAAAAGCCGUUUUCAUGUGUGACCUGUGGAAAACGUAUUAGUAGAAAACAGGAGUUAACUUGCCACAUGAGGAUUCACACUGGUGAAAAGCCGUUUUUAUGUGUGAACUGUGGAAAACGUUUUCGUCAAAAAGUUAGUUUAACUCGGCACAUGAGGAUUCACACAACUGAAAACCCGUAGAAGUGUUUUCCAUGUGUUUCAAAGGGCAUAAAUCCCAUCUCUUUAUUGGGGGGGACCAUAAACAGGAAAAUUUCUUAGGACCCAUUUGGGGGGCGGGUGGUUGGGCGUAGUUCUAGUGAAAUGUAACGUAAAAUGUUGUUUAAAGAGUUUCCAAAUCACAUUCAGCUGUAGGACCAAAAUGACUAGGAAUGCACAUCAAACAUGUUUGAUUCUCAGUAAAAUUCAAAUGUUGCUUAGAUACGAGUUUUAUUCAGUCUCACUUAUCUAAUCUCUAAUACACGUUUACAAAAAUGUAAGGUUCCAAAUAAAAAAGCUUUAAUGAGUAACUGUUCUUAAUAAAAUUCCUCAUAAACAUUGAUUUAUUGAAAUGGCUCCCAAUACAAGUUACGGCCUAUUUAAAUUAUAACUUGUUAAGUUGCUUUAUUUUUAGAGCUUUUUUUUAGUUUUGCCAUGUCCUUGUGACAGAGAACCAACAGGUAGAUGAAAUGAAUAUCUGGGAAGUAUCACAACUUAAACAUAACACUUAAAGCACCAGGGUUUAUAUGGAAAAAUAUUGAGAUUUUAUUUUGUGGUUUUAAAGGCUCUAUGUUGAAGACGGUGAGAAAUAAAGGCAGCUUUCUUUUUUUCUAUCUGUCCUCUCUUCUCGGCUCCCACUCCUCAGCCCCUCCCUCCCGUUUCAAACUCUUCUAAUUAACUAAAAGUUAAAGAGUUAAAUAUGAAUGAGAUGUUUGCUACCUUUAACAAAAAAGCUUAAGUCUAUGAAAGCAGUGUAGCAGUUUUGCUAAUGAGGCAGCUUAUCAUGAUUCAGCCAAAGUAAUGAAAUAACAAACUGCAGUAAUAUCUUUGUUAUUGUGUUUCUUCUUAUUGAGCAGUGAAAGUAAAUAAAAUGUUUACAUGUC